GUGUGUGUGUGUGUGUGUGUGUGUAUGUGUGCGUUCCCAGAUUUUAGCCCUCGAAGAGGUUCAGAAUGUCUGGCUACUGCCUUCUCCCAGGAGGAGGAGGAGUCUGAGUUCAGCAUCCCUCUUAGCGUCCUUAAGGGCUGGGAUGGCUCCAGCAGGUUUUAGGUCUCCUUGAUAGGACUGCUUCUCUGGUAGUGCACUUAGGAAGUGCCCUCCUGCUGCCUGUUUGGACACCACCUCUUCAGCUCAGGGGAAGGGGAGAAGUCUUUUUACUGUAUCCCAGUUUGCGCUUAAUCUUGCCCAGCACCCCUCUGAAGGCUCCCACCUGCAGAAGAGCCAUCGUAGUUCCUGUGUAGAGUGGGAAGGGUCUCCCUAGGCUGGCAGACCCACACUCUCUGGCUGCACCUCCCCCACUGUCCAGUGCAGGCAAGGGCUGAACUUUGGGGCUUUGCUGGGAGAGGGUGGGAGAGGUGAUAAGCUUCAAAGGAAAAGCCAAGACAAUGACUGUUGCUUGCUAUUGGCUUUGGAGGGCCUCAUCUUAGGUUGGGAUUGCCAGCUUGCCUAGAGGAGGUGGAAGGGCUGGAGGGGAGCCCCUGCCAGAUGACUGGUAGGACAGCGCUUGGUCCUUUCUGCGGGAUGCUUUGUUUCCUGGCACUGAUAAACUAGUCCUCUCACACCUUUUAGGAAAACACUGUCCCAGGAACACCACGUGCCUUUUUUUUUGCCAUCCAAGUGGACAGGGAAGAGGGCAGGCAGGAUAGGGACCAUAGAUAGCUCAAGGACAGGAUGGGAUGGAGGGAGAGUUGAAGCAGGCGCCUUAAAGAAAGCUUGCAUUUGAGAAAGCCAAGAUUCUUGAAUUAACUGAGAUUCCUCUAAGUACUUUACCAACCCACAGACCAUUUGGCUUGUUCUUCAAGGGCAAGAGACUGGAAGACAGAAUUCCCAGGGGACCUCUAAUUGACUCUGGCAGUGACAAACACCAUCUCUCCGUAUCCUUAACCACUCAGGUGGUUGCUUUUCUGACUGCCCCAGGGACCCUGAGGGGUUCCUGGUGUGUGUAUAGGGGACUGACUUUGAGCACAAGAAGCUGGGUGACUGCAAGCUUGUACUUCCAAGAGCCAUCAAGUGGAGCAAGUGGAACUUCUUUAUCACCAAGAAACUCAUAUCAACAACCUGAGUUCAGGCAGCAAGUGAGGUCACAGAGAGAGGGCUGAAUUUCACUUCCUUCUAUGAGGCAGGUUGUACCCAUCUCAGGUUCGGUGCUGGCAGGAAUGGUAGGCUGUGGGGAAGGAUUUGAAGUUGUGGAGAUUAGUGACUCCACACUGAGUUGGGGAACUCUGGGCACUUUGCUGCAUGCUGUACCUCUCCUCUCGGCUAAGCUGUGGUAGACAGAUAGCUCCAGUCUGCUGAGAGGGCAGCUGCAAUGACUAACUUGGGUUUUUCUCCCCCUCUCUCUCCCAGGACACACUCUUACCACAUCGUUGAGCCUGUUUGUUGUGUUGAGCAAGCAGCGGGUGGAGACUAGAGUCUUGGGCGGGGCUUAGCAGGUUUGGAGGGAACCUGGCCGGGCUAGGAUCGCUGGCUUUUGUUUUUGCUGCCCAGCCUGGAGCUCUGCUCAGACUGAGAUGAGAACUUGAUGGUUACUCCUCAGGCCAGCAAGGGGGUCUGUGUGUGCUGAGCACUGUGGGUACAGCCAGUCACAGCACCCUCUGCCCUCCCACAGCCACUCACAGAGGCUAGUCUUCUUGACAUUUCUCCAGGUACCCUCCAUACUUGUAGCAGCUGACCAUACCCCUGCUAUGGCUAUGAGUCAGUAGCAGUCCAGCUGUGUGACUGUGACCAGCCUGGGUCAGAAGAGGAUGCUGAGGGGAAGGUGGCUCCAAGUGGGCGCAGGGAAGAAACAUGGAGAAUCCUGGAACUGCAAGGCAGCCCACAUUUGGGGGUGGGUUGUCACCCUUGGCAAUGCUUUAUCUGUAGGAUUGACUGUCAUCAGUGCCUGAGCCCACUUCUCCACAUAAGAAGGGGGAGCAGGAAAGAAGGAAAGGGAGGGAAGUCCUUCCAGGUAGAGCCUGGGUGGGGCAGCCUCCCGGAUGCCUGCAUUGCACCCUCACAGGGGAGAUGGAGCCACCCCAGUGUGUGGAGGAGCUGGAGGAUGACGUAUUCCAGCCAGAGGAUGGGGAACCAGGGGCCCAGCCCAGGAGGUUGCUCUCUGCUGACCUGUUUGCCCAGAGCCAGCUGGACUGCCCCCUCAGCCGCCUGCAGCUCUUCCCUCUCACGCACUGCUGUGGCCCUGGGCUUCGACCCACCAGCCAGGAAGACAAGGCUACCCAGACUCUCAGCCCAGCUUCCCCGAGCCAGGGUGUCAUGCUGCCUUGUGGGGUGACUGAGGAGCCCCAGCGACUCUUUUAUGGCAAUGCUGGCUACCGGCUCCCCCUUCCUGCCAGUUUCCCUGCAGGCUUGCCCCUUGGUGAGCAACCCCCUGAAGGGCAGUGGCAACAUCGAGCAGAGAUACAGAUUGCCCGAAAACUCCAGUGCAUUGCAGACCAGUUCCAUCGGCUUCAUAUGCAGCAACAUCAGCAGAACCGAAAUCGCAUGUGGUGGCAGAUCCUCCUCUUCCUGCACAACGUGGCUUUGAAUGGAGAUGAGAACAGGAAUGGGGCAGGCCCCAGGGCCUCGACCAGGAGUUGGGGGCCUUUGUCAAACACUGUUGAAGUAGAGGCUGGUGUGUCUCCCUGGAACCUCCUAAGGGCUCGGACGAGUAGAUCCUUCUGUCAUCAGUUGUUGAAGACGACCAGGUAGUGAUCUCCCAUGAGUGGACUGUAGUUUUCCCACAGGAACUUAAGAGAUAGAAGGCUGGAUUAGACUUGUGGUUCCACCAAACCUAUCAGCCUUCCACCAUGAAUGGAGCCCCUAUCCGACGGGUCACACUUUAACCCCCCCAGGGCCUCAGCCAGGGGCUUUCCAGCUGUGCAUGGCAGCUACACUAGGUCGGUCAGCCAGCUCCAUGUCUGGGCUCUCACUGGGCCCAGCCAUCGCCCGCCCCAAGGGCUAAAGGAUUCUUGCCCAGCCCCUGUCAUCUCCAGCAGACCUCAGGGAGGGUUGGGUUUCUCCAUGGACCCUCAAAAAGUGCCGCAAAAAUGAACCAAACUUCUGGGUAGGCCUCACGUCUGCCUUGGUCCCACUUAGAAGCCCAGGAUUGGUCCUGAGGUGCAGAACCACUGCCCACUCUGGCUGCCCGGGACUGGCUGGGUGUCAACCACGGAGGAGCCAAAUAGCCAGUCAACGUGCUGUAGCCAGCAGCUUGUGCCUUUGUCAGGUCUUCUUUUGAAAGAGCCAGCCAACAGACUGUGUCCCGCCCCCAACAGCAGCACUCUAGGGCCGGAAGAGACAGGACCGGACUGUGGAGGUGUCGGAAACCAGGCGGCCAUCCCACCCAUGAGAGUAAGCCCUAGAGGAACCCAGACCCCUUGGUUUCCUUGGAAACCAGUUACCUCCUCCCUCUUAUCCCCAUUCCUUUCUCACACCUAGUGGGAUCCAGGAAGAAGCCAGCAUAGUGGCUUUGUCAGCUGAAAUGUGUCUUUUAGAGUAACACAGUAAUUAGAGUGAGGAACUAUCAAAGCUGGGUGCACAUUUCCCGUCUUCCUUCAGCUUCCAGCCAGGCCAGAAAGGCAAGCGCUGGAAUGCAGCAGGAUCGCGGCUGCCUCUGAACUCCUUUUCUCUCCCUGCUGUGGCACUAAUGGAGAGAAUUUAAAGCAGCCUGCCUGGCAGCUCUGAGAGCAGACACAGGGAAUCUGAAAAAGAUGCAGGGAAUCUGUUAACCAGACACCUAGAAAUUAAAUUAUCAUUUUUGGGUAUGUGAGAAAAGUUAACAUUGGUGCUAACGGUGAAGCAAGGCCCGAAGAAAAGACGGCUUCCCUGGGCAGAGAAGGCCCCAGGGCUACCCAAGGAAGCUGGAGGAGUCCAGAGCAGACUCUCAUAUCUGUACAAGUCCCCGCUCCUCUGAUUGUGCAGAGAGGAGGUCUUCGUUCCCGUUGAAGGACACACUGAUCUGGAUGUACGGUCAGGCAGGUUGUUCACUGCGCAAGGGCACCGGCAGAAGAAGGUGAUGGGAGCUAGAAUCUAGCCCAUGCUCUGCUCACUAAGCUGUAUGCCCUAGUGUCGGGCUGUGUCCACUUACAGGAAGGAUGCCUUUCCUAAUUUGCACAAAGGUACCCUAUGAGCUCACAAUGGCUUGAAGAAGGACUUCAAACUGUGCAUCAGCCUUGGUUUUGUUCUGCUUGGAUAUUCUAGAGGUAUUGCCUACCUAUUCUUGGUCAGAAUUGUAUUCUCAGGGUGUAUACCAUGGUUUGUCUGCUAAGAAGAUAGGUUCCUUCUGGAACCCAGGGAACAGGCAUGGAGACUGGUGCUGGGAUAGGCUGACCAUUGUGAAGUCCAGCCUUCCCUGUGGGUCUUCACACCAUGUUUUUGAAUUGCAUGGGACAUGUAUUAUUUUUCCCUCUCCUGGACCAAGGCUGUGACUGGCAGAGUGCCGGUAUACUUCGAGUGGCACACAGAAGGAAACAGGAUUAUUUUUACCAGCCACUUUUACCUCCUCUUAGCAGACUUUCCAUGUGAGCUGAGUGAGAGCGGAAAUAAAUGGCCCAGGCCUUGGUGCCUAGGCAAAGCCAUCAGCCUCAGAGACCUUGCCGGGCCGAGGAGGAUGUCCAGUGGCCUAUCCUGAGAACUGAGCCCACAGUAUGAGAAGCUCAGUUGAACAUUGCAUCUGGGGCUGGGUAGAGGGUCGUCUGACUGUACUGUCUCCAUAUUCCAUGAAGCCAGAAACUAAUUCACUAUCCUAAGCAAGCCAGGACCAAAUGUGAAACACCCCUCCUUCCCUUCCUGCCAGAACUCAGCAGGUAGAAUAGUCCCAGGAGGAAGAGGUUCCUCCUGGCUGGCUGUUUUUAAUUGGUGUAGUGAUCUAGACUGGCCUCUUCCCCCUCUGCCUGGUGACUUGGUCUGAACAUUCCUCAAGUUCAACCUCAGGAGACCCGUCCCUCCCCUGGGCUCCCUCUCCCCAGCCCCCACCCCCAGGAGCUUGGCUGUCUCCAGUUAGGGGGUGGAGAAUCAACUGGAGGGAGAGUCUGACCUGGCUCCUGACCUGUAACCGACAGAAGACUUGUGGAGCUUUUGUGGUUUGCUGAGGGUGGGGUUCGGGAGAGGGACUGGAAACUCUUCCCUGGUAGGAAUUGCCCUGGAGGGAAGGGAAGCCUGAUGUUCAGGGUCAAAACAACUCUUCUCAUUAAGAACCCCAGAGUAGGGGCUUCUGGAAAGUGGCAGGACUAGGGAGGGAACCCCCUCAGGCCAGCAGUCUGACUCCCUCAGACAGUUCUAGGACUCAGCUGGGCCUCUCUAUCUUUGGCUGCUUCAAAGCCUGGACUGGUAGAAGGCUACCCCUGGGGCCUUUUCUUGCUCUGUCCAAGGAUCACCUCCCUCAAGCCCCCAGAGCAAGGGGCUUAUGUGACAGGCAUGUCCUGAAUGCUCAGAGGGGCCCAGCUGAUGUGUCUCUCUGUCCCCAGUGGCCAAGCCUCAUCCAAGGAUGGGUUGGACGUGGCAAGGAGGGACAUAGUCCAGCCAGGGCCUCCUCCACUUGGGGGCCGAGGAGCCACUGUGAUUGUCCUGGUUAGCAUGCAGAGAGUUCUGAUGAAGUGGGGUGGGGCAAGUGAGGGAUAGCAGAAGCAGGCACAUCGGCUCUGUGGGCGCUUCUGCACAUUGGUCCUGCAGGGUCCCUCUGUGUGUGGGUGGGGACACCUUGGUGAGAGACUACUCAGGCUGACUCCUUAACUCAUUAGCCUGUGAAGCCUCCUGGGGACACUGAACAGUGGGUGUCCAAGGCUGGUGGGCACUUUGAGCCUUGAGGGAACAGCAGAGCAAGCCAUAGAUGCGUCAGCCGCUCAGGCUGAAGGUGCUUGGAGCUCUGCAGGCUCCUAGUCCGUGCUGCCCUUCUCUCUGCACAGCAGACAGCACCUCUCCCUGCUCUGUGAGCAUCGCCCAGCAGGUUGCUCCAUCCCUGGGUCCACAAGGGCUGUGGGGGAGACCUAGUGAGAAUGUAGCAUUUUGUCCCUCCCAGGUUAGCUGUCCUGGGUUCACUGUGCUCUGCGUCUGGGAGAGAGACAAGAGAAGAAAGGGAGGGGAUAGGAACUCAUUGUUUCUAAACCUGUACAGAAUAUUUGGCUUUGUGUUCUUCACAUGCAUAUAUGUGUAUAUAUCUUUGCCCUCAUCAAUUGGUACAGUUUUUAAUAAAACCAUUUAAAGCAAA